AUGAAGUUAACUACAAUAGGAAGUGCUAUAAAUAGUAGUGGUAGCGUCACUGAAGCUGCUAAAACUGUACUAGAAAACAAUUUCAAGCAAGCUAUUGAAAAAGCUGCAGGAACAGUUAAUGAUUGGCUUGAAAGGAGAGUGACAGAUAUAGUGUCACAAACGAAAUUUGAUAUUCCAGAAAGUAAUGAUGCUGCACUUAACUGGACUUGGUAA